GAAAAUUAUGUUACAAGAUGCAUAGUUUAUAUAGAGAAUAACUUAAUUUCCUAAACUAAUAUGUAAUAAUAUAUAAUAGAUAAUGAUAAGUUUCAUAUUUUAAUAUAUUGAUGUAUAUACGUACCAAUAUUGACCAUCAGAUUAGUUCGAUCUUCUAGAUCUCCCAAUAAAAUCUAAACAAAAAGAUUCCUAAGCCAUGCAGGAAAUCUUGACGCAGUGUAAAAUUGAAACAGAUCUUCCUUAACCACACUAUUCGCGAUAAGAAAGACUGUUUUAAGGGCAUGACGAGACUGCGAUUCCACUCGCCAUUUCCAAACCCAGAGCCGGCUCUUACCCAUGGCAACAUGGACAUUUGCCAUGGGUCUAUGGGUCUAUAUAUUUUGUUGUUGUUUUAAAUGUCUAUUUAAUCUGUAAAAAUUAUCUAAAAAGUUCAUAAUUAAGUAAAUUGAAUUUAAUUAUUAAAAAUAAAACAAUAAAAAUCUACAUUUUCACCAUUAGUUUUGAGAUACUUUUGUUAUUUGUCUCAGGUCUUAGACCUCAAGUUAAAAGAAAUAUAGAAAAGGAAAAAUAUAGAAAAUAUUUAUAAAUGAAUCUAUAGUUCUUGGCUCUAAUUGAUGACCAGGUUGAAUGAAAAAAAUUAUGGUGAAUUCUUUGUUCCUCCGAUUUUGUACCAGUUGUGUUGAAUUUUUUUGUCAAAUUAUUGACAUGAGGAUUCCACUUUUUUCCUCUAAAUUCUUCAUAGAUGAAUGAAAUUAUAAAGAAAAAUUUUCCUCUUCGAUUCUGGUGAGGAACAAAAUGAAAAAAAAAAUCAUAUUUUCUUAUUUUUUCAAUUCCUCGAAUGAACUUUUAUUCAUUAUUUUAUUCAUUUUUCCAUUCAUCUAGUGGUCACCAAUCCGAGCCUUUGUUUUGCCCAGAACUAUUAUACUGCUUGGCCCUCUUUAAAGAAGACCGCAUAGCACUGUCUCAUUUUGAUCUGUUUAUGGCAUUCAGCUUUUUACCACAUAAAGGUGAAUCGAUUUAAUAUAGUUACAUAUAUAAUUAAAUAAAAGAAAGGUAUUUGGAAAAAUAAUGAACAAAAAAGAGAUGACACAAAAUUGAAGUAAAUUAAAUCCUAACCUUGUAUUUGCAACCUUCUUCUUUUCUUCAUUCACACAUACCAAAGCAAGAAAAUGGACCGUCACAAGAAGUUGUUUUGCUUCUCCUCUUGGUCUCAACCUUCUCCAUAUUCCAAAUUUUAUUUGCUCAAGGCGCUCCAACGACUCUUAUUCCUCCAAUCAUAACCUUCGGUAAUUCUGUGGUUAAUGUCGGAAAAAACAACUAUCUUUCGGCACUUUUGAGAGCGGAAUACCCUACUUAUGGCCGUGAAUUUGCUAACCUCAAAUCCACCGCUCGUUUCUGCAAAGGCAAAUUAGUCACUGACAUUACCAGUACAAGCUUUUACUUGUAGCCCAAGUUAUCGUUUCUUUAAGCUCCGUUGAGUUGCUUGGAACUGAAGUAUCUUGUGUGUGUACUUCUCUGUUACAGCUGAAACACUGGGCUUCAGUAAAUACUCACCAGCUAAAUUAUCCAAGUCCCGAAGCUUCAGGAAAGAAUCAGUUCGGUUCUAUGCUUCUCAAUAAUUCUCUACAUUUAUCAAGGUAACGUUGUAAGAGGAGAUUGUGAAUCUUUGUGGAUGCAGCAAGUGUACGCAAUUGGAGCAAGGAAGAUAGGUGUGACUCCUCUGCCUCAAACGGGAUGUCUUCCAGCUGCAAGAAACCUUUUCGGUUUCCAUGAAAAAGGUUGUGUUUCAAGACUCCACGCAGAUGCUCAGCAAUUCAACAAGAAGCUUUACGCAGACGUUUCAAAACUUCAGAAGCAAUACUCUGAUCUUAAGAUUGUUGUCUACGACAUCUUCAGCCCACUCUAUGAUCUUGUUCAGUCUCCUGCCAAAUCCGGAUUCUCGGAAGCAACAAAAGGAUGUUGUGGAACAAGAACAGUCAGAGACAAGUUCGAUUUUGUGCAGUCCAAAAUCUUACGGGACAUGCUACAAUGCUACUCAGUAACUCAGUGUGUGUUCUGGGACAAUGUUCAUCCCUUUGAAGCUGCCAAUGAGAUUCUUGCACCUGCUUUAAUUGGACAGGGCUUCUCUCUCCUCGGUUGAUCUCUUACGUAUUUGUCUUAAGUCUUACGUAUUUACUUCAAAAAAAUUGAUGAUUUGCUUUUACCACAGGAAACCAAAAAGUUGAGGAACACAUAAUACUAUAAACGAUAUACAACGUCCUUGUGCUUGUU